GCGGGAGACUCGCUAUUUCUACUUAAGCAGCCUCUGUGCCUCUGUCUUGGAACCACUUCAGGCACGCCACCGCACCGAGCCUGGUCUUGACACCGACUUUGUUUGCGCAGCAUUGAAGCAUUCCAGCUGUCCAGCAAAUGCAGAUGGUGCAGUUUCAUGAAGGAUACCGCUACCGCUGUAACUCCUGUGUCUGGAUGGAUAAACUGUGAUCUGAAGUGCUCACCAGGAUCCAUGCAAGCCAACGUGUGUUUGAAUUCCAUUUGUGCCCUUUGAGCUUCUCGCGAACGUUCAAGCUGAAGCAACACCUGCACACUCACACAGCCAAAAGGCUAUUUCAAUGCCCUUCGUGGUCUCAGAGCUUCUCACAAAAAGUUAUUCUAAGCAACACCUGUACAUCCAAAAGUGAGAUGCCAUUUCAUUGCCAUUUAUGCGCUAGGAACUUCAUGGUGAAGUCUACGUUGAAGGAACACCUGCGCAUUCACACAGGAGAGAAGCCAUUGCAGUGCCCUUCGUGUCCUCGAAGAUUCCCACAAAAGAGUAGUCUUAAUCGACACCUGUGCACCCACACAGGCGAGAAGCCAUUUCAAUGCCCUUCGUGCCCUCAGAGAUUUUCACUAAAGGGUAAUCUGAACCAGCAUGUGCGCACCCACACAGGUGAGAGGCCAUUUAAGUGUCCUGCGUGCCCUCAAAGCUUCUCACAAACGAGUACUCUGAACCGACACCUGCACACCCAUACAGGCGAGAACCAAUUCCAUUGCCAUUUGUGCCCUCAAAGCUUCUCACUGAAGAGUCAUCUGAACCAACACCUGCACACCCAUACUGGCGAGAAGCCAUUUCAUUGCCCUUCGUGCCCUCCAAGGUUCUCACUAAAGAGUCUUCUGAACCAGCACCUGUACACCCACACAGGCGAGAAGCCGUUUCAAUGCCCUUCGUGCCCUCGGAGAUUUUCACAAAAGGGUAAUCUGAACCUACACCUGCGCACCCACACAGGUGAGAAGCCAUUUCAAUGCCCAUCGUGCCCUCAGAGUUUUGCACAGAAAAAUACUCUGAACCGACACCUGUGCACUCACACAGGAGAGAAGCCAUUUCAGUGCCCUUUAUGCCCUCGAAGCUUCUCGCAAAAGUAUAACCUGAACCAACACCUGCACACCCACACAGGCGAGAAGCCAUUUCAAUGCCCUUCAUGCCCUCAGAGCUUCUCACAAAAGACUACUCUGAACCAACACCUGCAUACCCAUAGAGGAGAGAAGCCAUUUCAUUGCCGUUCGUGCCCUGAGAGAUUUUCGCGUAGGGGUAGUCUGAACCAGCACGUGCGCACCCACACAGGUGAGAGGCCAUUUCAGUGCCCUGCGUGCCCUCAAAGCUUCUCAGUAAAGAGUCAGCUGAACCAGCACCUGUGCACCCACACAGGCGAGAAGCCAUUUCAGUGCUCUUCGUGCCCUCGAAGCUUCUCACGAAAGAGUACUCUGAACCAGCACCUGUGCACCCACACAGGCGAGAGGCCAUUUCAGUGCCCUUUGUGCCCUCAAAGCUUCUCACGAAAGAGUACUCUGAACCAGCACCUGUGCACACACACAGGUGAGAAGCCAUUUCAAUGCCCAUCAUGCCCUCAGAACUUCUCACGAAAGAGUACUCUGAACCAACACCUGCACACCCAUACCGGCGAGAAGCCAUUUCAUUGCCCUUCGUGCCCUCAAAGGUUCUCACUAAAGAGUCUUCUGAACCAGCACCUGUACACCCACACAGGCGAGAAGCCAUUUCAAUGCCCUUCGUGCCCUCGGAGAUUUUCACAAAGGGGUAAUCUGUACCAACACCUGCGCACCCACACAGGUGAGAAGCCAUUUCAAUGCCCAUCGUGCCCUCAGAGUUUUGCACAGAAAGAUACUCUGAACCGACACCUGUGCACUCACACAGGAGAGAAGCCAUUUCAGUGCCCUUUAUGCCCUCAAAGCUUCUCACAAAAGAAUACUCUGAACCGACACCUGCACACCCACACAGGCGAGAAGCCAUUUCAAUGCCCUUCGUGCCCUCAGAGAUUUUCACUAAAGGGUAAUCUGAACCAGCAUGUGCGCACCCACACAGGUGAGAGGCCAUUUAAGUGUCCUGCGUGCCCUCAAAGCUUCUCACAAACGAGUACUCUGAACCGACACCUGCAUACCCAUACAGGCGAGAAGCAAUUCCAUUGCCCUUCGUGCCCUCAAAGCUUCUCAGUAAAGAGUCAGCUGAACCAGCACCUGUGCACCCACACAGGCGAGAAGCCAUUUCAGUGCUCUUUGUGCCCUCAAAGCUUCUCACGAAAGAGUACUCUGAACCAGCAUGUGCGCACCCACACAGGUGAGAGGCCAUUUAAGUGUCCUGCGUGCCCUCAAAGCUUCUCACAAACGAGUACUCUGAACCGACACCUGCACACCCACACAGGCGAGAAGCCAUUUUAAUGCCCUUUGUGCCCUCAGAUUUUCACAAAAGGUUAAUCUGAACCAGCAUGUGCGCACCCACAGAGGUGAGAAGCCAUUUCAAUGCCCAUCGUGCCCUCUGAGCUUCUCACAAAAGUUGACAUGGAAGGUUCACCUGCACUUCCACUAAAGUGAGACUGUUUCAGAGCUGUUCAUGUCCUGAGAAGUUCUUGUGGAAGUCUGCAUUAAACCAACAGCUACUCAGGCGGGCGGCCAUUUGAGUGCCCUGCAUGCCCUCAGCAAUUCUCAAAAGUCCUUACUGAAGGACCAUGUGUGCAUCUACUCAGUGAGAAGCCAUGUCAAUGCUCUUCAUGUACUCGAAUGUACUCAUGGAAGUUUGCACUGAACUUCACUUCCACUAAUGUGAUAGGUUGUUUCAGGGUCCUUCAUGUCCUGCGAACUUGUCGUGGAAGUAUUCACUGUGCCGACACCUGCUUGUCCACACAAAGUCCGUAGUGAAGGAUCACCUCUGUAUCCACUCGGGGAGACGCCAUGUCAGGGCUCUUCAUGUCCUCAGAGCUACUUGCAGAAGUUCACACUGAACUGACACAUGCACAACCCACAUAAGCAAGAGGCUGUUUCAGUGCCAUUUCUACCCUCAAACCUUCGGACUUAAAAGCCAUCUCAAUAGGCACCUUGUCACCACAAGUGCACCACAUAUGCAGUGCAGCAGCGCUGAGUUGUGUGCACUCCUCAUUGUUCCUUCGUGCUUUUCAUGUUUUCUUUAAUUUUUUCAUGGAAGCUCUGCAUGUGUGUAGGCCUGUAGCUCUAUACUAGGAUGAAACAUUGUAAGUUUUCACUUUUCGUUAUUAUGAUGUUUAAGCUCUUUGUUGCAGACAAGCACUUUUUUCUGGAUUGAAGCGUUUAACUGCUCUUUACUAAAUCAGUUGUGCAAGUUCGUUUCAGCACACUAAAUAAAAUUUAGUAUUGGGUUUUGUUAAUUAUUGAUAUUUCAAUACUUCCACUAAUAGCAUGUAAUGUUUCAAUUCAUUCGCAUUUAUUGUACUGAACACUUCAAGAGAAUUUGAGUGGCUAUUUACUAUUGCUAUGUAAUGCAGCUAAAACAACCUUUUCUCAGGAAUUAAAAUUAUGCAAUUAUGUGCUUUUUUGAUUCCUACUAUGAUUCAACUGGUUUUAGUGAUACUAAAUGCACUGGUAUGAAAUUUUCUUGCUCAUAAAGAUCCUUGUAGACCUUUGAGAAUCUUGAAAAUUGCUUCAUAAUAAAACAUUGUUCUCGUGGA